UUUCUCUGUCUGGGUUAUCUCUCUCACACACCCAUUAAACGCUGGCUCUUUAUCCUCCCUUUCUUGCAGCUACUGAUUUUUCUGAACACACUCCCACACUGUUUGUUAGGACUAUUUGUUACAAUUUAUUAUAAAACUAAUGAUUUGCACUGAAAAGCCAUUGGGGGAUUCUUAUUUGAAAUCAUGGAUAAACAACAAUGAACAAAGAUAUUGUCUUGCAAGAAUGUUGGACGUGUGGCCUGUGACAUUUGGAUCUCUUGAUUGAUGGCAGCUCUAGCAGUGUUCCGGCAUGCCUGCAGCGGUCCUCUGCUGUGGGGCUGGGGACCUGUUCUGUUUGGCUUGCUGGGGUCUGUAUUUGUUCUGCUGCUGCCUUUAGCAGGAAUAGAGGAGCAAUGCUGUGCCACAUUAAAGGGUCUUGCUCUUCUGCGCUGCCAGCUGUGGGGCAAUGUCCAGCGGCCUGUAGUGCACACCACCAGCCUGACGGUCCCUUUCACUGCACUAGACCUCCUGCCACAGAAAGUCAAGCCUAGUAAAGAGACUCAGUUGGAGGCAAAGGCAGCUCUCCAGCAAGCUUUGGAGAUGAAGAAAAAUGGCAAGAGGGAGAAAGCUCAUAAGCUGCUCGUCCACGCGCUCAACAUGAACCCAGAGUUUGUGGAUGCGCUCACCGAACUGGGAACCAUACUGGAGGAGGAAAAAGACGUUGUCCAAGCAGACCACCUGUACACCAAAGCCCUCGCCAUCUCACCCUGUAACGAGAAGGCUCUGGUGAGCAGGGAUCGCACACUCCCAUUAGUAGAGGAAAUAGAUCAACGUCACUUUGGAAUCAUCGAUGGAAAGGUACGACGUCUCAUGUCCAUACCCAAAGGCAACUCUGCUUUGCGUAGAGUCAUGGAGGAGACCUACUACCAUCAUAUUUACCACACCGUAGCUAUCGAAGGCAACACGCUCACUCUUUCAGAGAUUCGACAUAUUAUAGAAACCAGAUAUGCUGUACCAGGAAAGAGCCUUCAAGAACAGAACGAGGCAAUUGGCGUCGAUGUAGCAAUGAAGUACAUAAACACAACCCUGCUAUCCCGCGCUGGAGCAAUCACAGUAAACGACAUCCUAGAGAUACACAGACGGGUCCUAGGCUACGCCGAUCCCGUCGAAGCCGGGCGAUUCCGUGUCACCCAGGUGUUCGUGGGACAUCACAUCCCACCGCACCCACAGGACCUGGACAAGCACAUGCAGGAACUGGUGCAGUGGUUGAACUCAGAGGAAGCGCUGCAUCUACACCCGGUGGAGUUCGCAGCUCUUGCACACUAUAAACUGGUGUACGUGCAUCCAUUCGUGGACGGGAAUGGACGGACGUCCCGACUGCUCAUGAACUUAAUCCUAAUGCAAGCUAGUUAUCCACCCAUCACCAUUCGGAAAGAACAGAGGGCAGAGUAUUAUGCCGCCCUGGAUACUGCCAAUGAGGGCGACGUGAGGCCCUUUAUACGCUUCAUCGCGAAAUGCACAGAAAUGACACUUGAUACGCUACUGAUAGCCACAACUGAGCAUGCGGUUGGGCUGCCUGACGCUAGCAAUCACGCCUGUCCUGACUGUAAACACACCAUACCUGUGCAUAGCUGAUAGAUGUAUAGUGGUAAGUGGAAAAAGAUAGCGUGUAGCGUGAACUGACGUGCCAUAAGGCCAUAUCAGCCUCUCUGAUGAAACACUGUCCAACCUUCAACCGCAAGCAUGGGACCUACAUGGACAAAUUGUGGAUCUAUUUUAAGUUUGUGCAUUCACUGUGUAGCUCUCUCUGUUACAAAUCCGCUGUUCUUUUUGAAAUAUGGACCAUUCGUCUAUAUUUUAGCCUCUGCUUUGUUGUCAGUUUCAAAGCUUUUCUGUUUCACUGAAUGAACAGUAUUAGGUCAGAUCUUCAGAUCUUUUAGCAACUCAAUCCUCCUGCUUUUGAGUAAAUUAACUCUGCUGUCUGUUGGGAACAAUAUUCAUACUCGUACUUUUGUGGUGUUUAUCUCUAUACUUGGACUUCUUCCAGUCUCAAAAUACAAGCUUGAGUUAAUCGCUUAUGAAGUUUGCUUGGAAAAAUGAACAGGUUUGUAAAAUGUGAAAAACUUUGCAGUUCUUUAGUGAUGAUUUUCAGAUGCAGAAGUACAUUUUGUGAACUCUACAGCUUGUUGGACACAUUUCUCAUUUACAAGCUGGCAGGUUACAGCAAAGAAAUGUCAUGUUCAGAAAUGAGUGUCUGCCAAACUCAGUUUGAGUAAUAGUUAACCUUUAACAUUUCCUAGAGCAUAAUCCAUGAUUUUGAUUUGAAUUCUUUCGUUUAUUUUAAAAGGAUAGGUCACCCAAAAAUGAAAAUUCUGUCAUUAAUUACUCACCCUCAUGUCGUUCCAAACAUGUAAGAUCGUCAUUCAUCUUCAGAAUACAAAUUAAGAAUUUUUUUUUUUUUUUUUUUUUUUUUUUUU